CUUUAUUUAUUAACAAGACAAGAUAAACAUGUCCUCGAUAUGGUCCAAUGCCGAUCGAGGCGGGCAGGGUAGUGACCCCAAGUCCAGCAUCGCCUGUCAGUCCUGUCGGAGGCGGAAGGUUAAAUGCGACCGCGAGCUGCCUUCAUGUCAGGUGUGUUUAGGGACUCUACAGAGUUGCCAAUAUCCUGCUCGCCAUUUGAAGCCGGGACCAAAGAUUGGAACCUUACAACGUCGAAAGAGACGUGAAAGAAUCCAAUCGCGCUCAAAUUCAACGCUAAUACAACCGGAAUCCAUUAAUUCUUGCUCGUCUUUGGAGGACAUACAGGAGGUUGAAAGUGGUGUAACCGGCAGUAGCGACAAUGAACAGGCGACAGCCAUCGAUGCUCAAUCUGGAGGGAAGUCUCUGAGCAGACCGCUUAACUCUUCAAAUAACGAGGAGGUGGAUAGGACCUCUCAGGACAUUGGCUGCUCUGUAAAUAUGAGCGACUUAUCAUUUAUUCUGCACCCUUCUCACGAGACCUCCACGCCAGAUGGAGGUCAGGAGCAUGGUAAUACAAUCCACGUGAGCAGUGCUGACAAACAAAGCAUACACCAGCAAGUUUACCUUACUCUAGAGCUAUCGGAAGAUCAGAUAGAUGAGUUACUUCAUCUUUACUUCGACAAUAUGGUUGCCUUCAGCCUCUUCCAUGAGCCUACCUUCCGUUCGAAAUUAAAUGCUAUCGACUCUGCUGCUCAGUUAUCAGCGUUGCUGGCAGCGAUUUCAGGUUAUGCUACUCGAUUCCUGCCCACGGAAGCUGAUAACGUAUCGGUGAAUGAUUGUCAACGGGUCAAGGGACAACAAACUUCGAAAUUUGUAAACCUAGCCCUGCAUCUUGUCGAUGAGGCGCUAUGCGACUGCGCAGAUGAAACCCCACCUUUAUGCGUUUUACAGGCCCUUGUUAUCGCAACUCACUGUCAACUUACGCAAGGGGUGCGUGGCAGGGCUUGGAGGUCACUGGGAAUGUGUGUACGCUUAGCUUACGAGCUGAAUUUGCAUCUUCUAGAUUCGACUCAAGCGGUCAAACGAAAUAAAGAGAGACGAUGGCAGGAAGACGAAGAACGAAGACGUGCCUGGUGGGCUAUUUGGGAAAUGGACGUAUUCGCCAGCACGGUACGAAGAACACCACCAGCUAUAAACUGGUGCCAGAUGGAAGUUCUCCUCCCAGCGCUAGAUGCAUAUUGGCACUCGGGCCAGCCAGUCACAAGUUGUUUCUUGGAACAGGACCCAGCAUCACGCUGGAGGACUCUGUUGGAUAGCGGUAACAAAUCUCCCAAAGCGUGGUUUAUUGUCAUCAACUCGCUUAUGAAGGACGCUCAAACGAUUUCUUGCCCGAGAGGAGUGCCGUGUGUGAAUGAAGCUAAUCGUAAUGCAUCCUCGACUGUUUUCAUGUCAAAAGAGUUGUAUUCAAAUUCAGUCGAGGAAUCGCAACAGAAUCUAGAGACGUUAAUGAACUCUAUCCACUGUUUCAUGCAAGCGUUACCUGAAUCACUUCGUUAUCGUCAGCAGUACCUGAGUUUCGACGCAAGAGAAACUGGUCAAAUUGAAUCGAAGAGGCAGCUGCAUAGCUCAAUCUAUAACAUUUAUAUAAUGGCACAGUUAGCUCGGCUUAUGAUCUAUCGCUACGACAUUUUCAACGGGCAUAUUGAGUUACCAAAGUCCAAAUCUGCUCGGAAGAGCGUCUUGAAUUUUCAGGACCAAGAAAAUAUAGCUCUGAGGCAAUACUUUGAAGCAGCAGACAGCAUUCUCAAUAUUGUGAAUCGGAGUUGCGAGGACCACAUACAGUACAUUAAUCCCUUCCUAUCAAGCACUAUUUGGCUUGCUGCAGCUGUGCAACUAUUUCGCAACAGUAUCGGUGGAUUUUCUACCAAUACUUCUCUCAUCAAGUCACGCUUUGAUGUUCUCUACCUCACAUACAAACAAUGCGUCGAUUUUUGGAACACAGAAACUGCUAUGCAGCAGAAUUUGGAAUUAUUGGAAACCCAACUCGAAGGAGAAAAGCUCGAGGAUUCAGAGUCAACGAACAGAUCCUUCAGCGCAGAUCCCCGACAAAUUAGACUAUCCCGUCCGCGACGCCAAUCUUGGAUAUCUUCGAGGUCGAAUUUCGCCACUACAUUUAAAAGACAAAACGAAACCAUCCUAUCAUUACAGGAGAAACAAAGUAUGUAA